AUGGCAAGCAGAUCACAAAGCAGAGUUCGAACUCCAGAGAACAACGUUUCUCAAUCGUCUGCACCAUACCCGGAGACUCAGAAGCGCCGGCGCCGUUCUCCCAACGAGUUAGUAUGGACACAACCACGAACGAUCCCAGCAUCUCUGCACAAGAACGCGAGAAAGGUGUCAAAAUCACCCGAGAUGCCCAAGAAGGAAAGCCAUUCACGAAGGGAUUCGGGACACCAAGAACAUCAAAAGGCAAUGUCAAGCCUGCUGACGCCACCCACUCAGCCAAAAGACCUUCCAGGAUUCAAAAUGGAUAUUGAUUUGUUUGAUCUUGGAAGCGCCCCUGAGAUGACCGAUGACAUGGUGGUCCAAAAUCUCUUUAAUUUCUCCGACAAUCCUGCUUUAAUCACACCAUCUUCUAUGGAUCAACACUCAAUGCCUUUCCACAUGGACCCAGCAUUCAUGGACAACCAAAUGCCUCUUCUCGGCAGUGACGGUUCUGACUCGAGUGACGGUUCUUUGAAUGGACUAGCAGACCCCCGUCUGAACCUGGCUGGUCUUAACGGUUUCAGCGCCAUCCACCUCGCCGCAUAUUUUGGCAAAUUCUCCAUCAUUCGCCUUUUACUUUCUACUUGCCCCGAGGAUGUAGAUCUUCUCAAUCACGAGGCUCAAACUCCUUUACACAUCGCCGCAGCCGAGGGCCACUUCGAAGUUAUCCCAGAGCUGCUGCGUGCCGGAGCCAACACUCUUAGUCAAGACGUCAAUGGGCGCACUGCAUUACACUUGGCUGUGUCAAAGGGGCAUUUCGACGUUGCACGUCUCCUGCUAGACAGUACUCAAGGUCAAAACAUUAUUCACAUGGCAGACAGUGCAGGGCGAAGCUCGUUGCACCACGCGGUUCUGCAGGAGAAUGGCGAAAUUGUCCGACUACUGUUAGAGCGGGGUGCCGAUCCCCGUGUUCCCGUUGGUUAA